AUGAGCCACAUUGCUUUUAUCUUGUGGAAAUGUUAUUUACCCCAUCGCGUGACAAAUAUUGUAGCUAUCUUGCCUCAUAAAAAUAAUAUUCCGCGCCGUCGCAAACUUGGUAUUACGGUAAUAACAGAGGUACAUAAAAAGGGGUUUGAUGAACGAGUACUCUACAAUAUCAUAAAGUACUGUCGUGAGGGUAUAGACGGGUAUAUUCUGGUGAAAUUAAGUUUCAUAUUAAAUAUAUUCAGCGGAUGCUGGCAACCGCUUACAUGGACAUCUUUAUUUAAAUAUAUGAUGUAUAACAGUUAUAGAAUAUUGUUAAUUUGUCUGUUAUGCACAUUUACAAUAUCGCAAGUUGUGAACAUCAUACUAAAUAUUAAUAAUUUUGACGAAAUAAGCGAUAAUAUAUAUAUGACGUUGACGGUAUUCAUAGCAACCUAUAAAAUAACUACUAUGUGGGUAAUUAAGGAACACGUCAUAACGAUAAUCAAUGUUCUUAAGAAGAAACCUUUCAAACCGUCAGAAUCAUGCGAAGUAAUAAUUCGACAAAAAUAUGACAAAACGAUAAAGAAAUACGCAGUAUGGUAUUAUGGCCUCGUCCAAGUAACAGUCAUAUGCAUAAUUUUAAAUGCUAUCUUUAUGGAUUUUAUGGAAGGAAACUUGACAUAUAAAGCAUGGGUGCCAUUCGACUACACAUUACCUAUUAUAUUUUUGUUGAUGUUUACUCAUCAAAUGAUAGGUAUGUCAAUCUGUGCGGCUGUAAACGUUGCCUGUGAUAGCCUAAUAACCGGACUCCUGCAGGAGAUCUGCUGUCAAUUCGAGAUUCUGGAAUACCGAUUGACGAAAAUCUUAUACGAAAAACAUAUUCUUCGCGAUUGUGUACGUCACCACAAUCGUAUAUAUGAAUACGCUCAUAUAGUAAAUCGCAGGUUUGCGAAAAUAAUUGCUCUCCAGUUCGCAGUAAGCAUGCUAGUAGUGUGUGCUAAUUUAUAUAAAUUGGCUGCUAUUUCUCUCUUGAUGAUUAAUGGAAGUCUUGUUACACUCAUACUAUAUACGGCCUGCAUGUUAUCACAGAUCUUCCUCUAUUGUUGGUUUGGAAAUGAACUCAAAUUAAGAAGUACCAAAGUAGCAAACUGUAUAUACAAUAUAAAGUGGCAGGAGCUUGAUAACAAAAAUAAAAAAUCUUUUCUGUUAAUUAUGAGACGUUCAAUGAUUCCCAUUGAAUUUAAGAGCGCAAUUGUCAUUACAUUAAAUCUUGACUCGUUUGUAGCUGUCACAAGUGCAUUUACAAUAUCGCAAAUUAUGAACAUUGUAUUAAAUAUUAACAAUUUUGAUGAAAUAAGCGAUAAUAUAUAUAUGACGUUGGCGGUAUUUAUCGCGACUUAUAAAAUAGUUACCAUGUGGAUAAUUAAAGAACAUGUCAUAACGAUAGUCAAUGUUCUUAUGGAGGAACCUUUUAAACCAUCGGAAUCAUGCGAAGUAAUAAUUCGGCAAAGAUAUAACAAAACGAUAAGGAAAUACGCAUUGUGCUAUUACGGCCUUGUACAGAUAACGGUCAUAUGCAUAAUUUUAAAUGCUAUCUUCAUGGAUUUUAUGAAAGGAAAUUUGACAUUCAAAGCAUGGGUACCAUUUGACUACACAUCACCCAUUAUAUUUUUUUUCGUAUUCACUCACCAAAUAAUAGGUAUGUCAAUCUGUGCGACUGUAAACGUUGCCUGUGAUAGCUUGAUAUCCGGACUCUUGCAAGAGAUUUGCUGUCAGCUUGAGAUUCUGGAAUAUCGGUUGAAAAUCUCAUAUGACCAACAUAGUCUCUGCAAUUGCAUUCGUCACCAUGAUCGUAUAUAUGAAUAUGCGUAUAUGGUAAAUCGCAGGUUUGCGAAGAUAAUUGCUUUCCAGUUCGCAGUAAGCAUGCUAGUGGUAUGUGCUAAUUUAUACAAAUUGGCUUCUAUUUCUAUCGUAAUGAUCAAUGGAAGCCUUGUUACACUAAUAAUGUAUACGGCCUGCAUGUUAUCACAGAUUUUUCUCUAUUGUUGGUUUGGAAAUGAACUCAAAUUAAAGAGCAUUGGAGUAGCAAACAGCAUAUACAAUAUGAAGUGGCACAUAUUUGAUAACAAGAAUAAAAAAGCUUUGUUGCUAAUUAUGAGACGCUCAAUGGUUCCUAUUGAAUUUAAUAGCGCAGUUAUUAUCACAUUGAAUCUUGAUUCAUUUGUGUCUGUCAGUAUUAGUUGA